UUAGCUGGGUCCGAUCUGUUUGUGUGUGUGAUCGUCAUCCUUUUAGCAAUAUAGAUAUUUUGAGGACUCAAUCCAUGUCGGACGUGUUUUAUUUCAAAUUUAAAUUGGAUUGGAGCCAUCACAAAAAUUAGAUUUCUUUCUGGUUAAACCCUACAUUGCCCAGCCAUGGCGUUCUCCACACAGAGGGAGUUCUUUCACGUGCCGUUUAAAAACGAGACCUACGAGUUCGAGUGCGUCGAUGCGUGCGUUAAACUGAAGACCUAUCCGUCCACGGUGGACGACAGGUCAUGGUCUGCCAACGAGGACAGAAAGUCACAGUUCGUUGCCGAUCUGGUAGCCUGCAACACCCCUGUAAAGUCGUCAGGUGACGGACAGAGUGGUUCACCAAAAUCAAGGGAUGGUGAUGGAAGUCCAGAGGAUGUAUACGGUAGUAAUCUUGUGGUGGGCGACAGCCUGAUCAAUGCGGCCGACGACACAAUUGGACGAAUGCAGGACCUAAUGAUCAAGAACAAUAUGCUACAGAAGAAGCUGGCCGAUUCCAAUGAUAAACUGAAGACGGCCAAGGAGGAACGGGAUGAUAUAAAACGUAUAAUGGACCAGCGAUACGAUCCCCAAAAGAGCAAGGAACUAAAAAAGAAGAUCCAAGAGCUAGCUGAUGCUGGCAAGAUCACUCCGCAGGACGAGAAGGAACUUGCCGACUUACAGAAGGCCAUCGACGACAUGAACAAGGCCCACGACAUCCUCGAGGCGGAGAACGGCAACCUUAAGCGGCUAAUCGAAAAGCAGUCGAAGAGGUGCCGGCUGGACGACGUCAAAAUCGACCUGGAGAAAAGCAACGACAUUCCCUAUCUGCAAAAAAAGAUCGAUGAUCUGGGAAAAGAGGUGACGCUGCUGCGUCAGGCGGAGGAUGAGAAAAUGAAGGGUGGCGGAAAGGGAGGAUACUCCCCGGAGAAGGAUCCAGGCAACAUCCAGAAGAUCCUUGCGGAGCGCGAUGCCCUGAGAAAGAAAUGCAAGGAUCUAGCAGAGCUCAAUGAUAAGGUCAACCAGCUGGAGCAAAAUGCCAACGAGGCGGCUCGCCACUCGUGCGACCUCGAAAACAACCUCCACGAGCAGAACCAGUGCAUAGAUAAUAUGCAACGCGAAAUGCAGGACAUGCAGAAUUACUACGAGAAUGAGGUGGAGAAGGCGAAAGGAAACGAGGAGAUACUCAAAUGUCGAUGCCAAAAAAUGCAGCAGGAGGUGUCGGCCGCCAAGAGCGCCGCCCAGCGGGCCAAGUCGCAGCAGAUGGAGAUCGACGUUUUGCGCAACGAGCUCCGGAAGCGAGACAUUGCCAUCAACGCCUACGACUGUCAGUACAAGCAGCUUAUGUUGAAGGCCAAAAUGUUCAAGACCGCAGGCUAUCGUUUCCUCGAUGACCUACCACCGGACUGCUGUGAGUGUAGUGCGGAAGGUGAGGAGGAGGAGGAUGGAUAGCUUACGAACUGGAACGCACCUUUUGUUUCCUAAUUUCCCAUAGCCAUUUGCCGAAAUUUAAAGUUUUUCAAAUUAGAAACAUAGGCGCUAACCUCAAACCGGACCUUUGAAACUUUUAAAUUCCUAUUUGUAAAUAUAGUUUAAAUCUAACAGA